AGCACAGGAGAGGCAUGCAUGAGCCGGAGAAAGACCGAAUGCAUUGCAUUGUGGGAAAAAGGAGCUAGUCGCCAUCUUGCUUUAGCGCCGCAAGUUAUCAGGGUAGAAUAAUAACCACGUUUGAAUGAAUAUUUUUGAGACAUACGAGUGUUUUAACAAUUCAAUUUGAGCAUAUAUUGCAGGUAGUGGGGUGUACGAGUGCGUAGGUGGAACACCGUGUUGUUUAUUUUGAAUAUUUCCGACUUUUAGAAGUAGUUAACUGGGAUUUUUUUUUUUACUUGAGGUGAUCAUGGGUCGAUCUAGAAGUCGCAGUUCGUCCCGUUCCAAACACUCCAAAAGCAGCAAGCACAGCAAAAAACGGAGCCGGUCGCGUUCACGGGACAAAGAGAGGACCAAGAAACGAUCCAAGUCCCGUGAAGCGAAGAGGAACCGGCGCAGAGAAUCACGUUCUCGUUCCCGGUCAGCUACAGCAUCGACCCGUAGGGAAAGGGAGAGAGCGGUCACACCGCCGGAGAGAAUUGACAUAUUCGGCAGGACACUGAGCAAGAGAAGCGCCUUGGACGAAAAACAGAGAAAAGAGGAAGAGGAGAAGAAAGUCGAAAUGGAAAGACAGAGGAAGAUCAACCCUCCCCUCUUUCUCUCGCCACCCUUGCCGUGCAGCCGGCAGGUGGAGAUAGAGGAGAAGCUGAUCGAGGAGGAGACGGCGCGUCGCGUGGAGGAACUGGUGGCCAAGCGGGUAGAGGAGGAGCUGGAGAAACGUAGAGACGAGAUCGAGCGGGAGGUGCUGCGACGUGUGGAGGAGGCCAAGCGCAUCAUGGAGCACCAGCUGUUGGAGGAGCUGGAGAAACAGAGGCAGACGGAGCUACAGGCCCAGAAGGCCAGAGAGGAGGAAGAACGAUCCAAACGGGACGAGCUGGAGAAAAUCCUGGAGGAGAAUAACCGCAAGAUCGCCGACGCUCAGGCCAAGCUGGCUGAGGAGCAGUUGCGUAUCGUAGAGGAGCAGAGAAAGAUUCACGAGGAGAGGAUGAAGCUGGAUCAGGAUCGCCAGCGGCAACAGAAGGAGGAACAGAAAAUGAUCCUGGGCAAAGGAAAGUCCCGGCCCAAGCUCUCCUUCUCCCUCAAAGCCACCGAAUGAGUCCUCCCAUCCCUCCUCUCUUCCUUCUCCUGCUCUUCUCAUCCCACCCAGCACUCUGCUCCUCCUCCUCUCUGGAACGCUAGCUGUGUGGAAGGCUGAAUGAAGGGUAGCCCAUGGCACCGUCCUGCUCUACAGACCUUUCCCAACCAAGCCUUGGAGGGAGGCCCACCCACCUUCAAACACCUGUCUCUCCGCUUGACCCCUUUGACCCCCCCCCAACACACCCAGUGACUAUUGUUUGUGCUUUUUUUUUAUUUUAAUUUUUAAGGAUUUGAUCUGUCACUACUUGGUAUUUUUACUGAGGCCCACGAGCGGUUGAGUGACCUCUGUUUCCACAGGGUGUUCUGUUGAAGCGUAUUAAAACUGUGUGGUUUAGGAGUUGGCCUAGGUUUUCCUGUUCCGUGUGUGUCUAACGUAGAAAGACGAUUUCCCCAAGCAGGGCUAACCUAAAGUGAUGCUGGGCUAAGCUAAAGUGAUGCUGGAGGCUGGGCUAACCUAAAGUGAUGCUGGAGGCUAAGCAGGGCUAACCUAAAGUGAUGCUGGAAGCUAGGCUAACCUAAAGUGAUGCUGGAGGCUAGGCUAACCUAAAGUGAUGCUGGAGGCUAGGCUAACCUAAAGUGAUGCUGGAGGCUAGGCAGGGCUUACCUAAAGUGAUGCUGGAGGCUAGGCAGGGCUAACCUAAAGUGAUGCUGGAGGCUAGGCUAACCUAAAGUGAUGCUGGUGGCUAGGCUAACCUAAAGUGAUGCUGGAGGCUAGGCUAACCUAAAGUGAUGCUGGAGGCUAGGCUAACCUAACCUAAAGUGAUGCUGGAGGCUAACCUAACCUAAAGUGAUGCUGGAGGCUAGGCUAACCUAAAGUGAUGCUGGAGGCUAGGCUAACCUAAAGUGAUGCUGGAGGCUAGGCUAACCUAUACUCAGUAAAGCACGGUGACCUCCCCCUGACAGGUUAAUCUUCAACCUCCCCUACACCUCACAACAAAUGUUUUUAUACUCAACGUUUCUCCUAGAUUUAGAUUAGCAUCGAAUACAAAAAACAAAACAGGUGGACGAAGAGGCCCUACUGCUGCACGGGGGGGAACCCUGGCCAAUUCCCAAUCUGCCCAUGGAGCUGGCGUUGCAGGGUUGGGACAGGAUACGAGUCUCAUCUAUGGUCAGGAGUGGUGGUGGUGGUGGGGGGGGGGGGGGGGGACGAGAGACAUUUCCUGUAUGAUGUAAUAUUUAGAGUCUCUGUCGUGUGGUGUCCUACUCUUGUGAGAUAAUAUAUGAAAUGAAUCCAAAACAACCCGGGAUUUAUUUAAUCGUGCAUCAUUUUACUGAACUGUUACCGUUUUCAAUCUGAGUGAAUUGACCGUUUCAGACUUCCUGCUCCUUAGCUCGUGUAGUAUAUUAACAUCCCCCCCCCCCCCCCCCCCCCCCCUCCCCCCCUCCCCCUGUUAGGGUCCCCGUCAACUCCCCGUCCAAGUCCAGGUAAGAUUGACUAGGUACAUGGUUUAGGUCUGACAGAGUGAGAGUGAGUGAGUGUGUGUGUGUGACAGUAUGUAUGGCUGACCUCUGGUAAAGGGGCUUCAUGAGUAAGUGAAAUUUGUCUUGUGGUAAUUUCCCCCAACUUGUUAAUGGGGGCUGAACAAUUUACCAAUAAAUCCAUUGAAUGCAUACAA